AUUCUUGGGCUCACAGUCGGAUUAAAGUCUCUCUCUCUCUCUCUCCGGCUGCUUUUGUCGUCUUCGUCUCCGUCUCCGAGCUGUUGCAGAAACUCAGAUCUGAGCUCGAAGGCUCAGCAGUAAUCUCCUGAUGCUUCCCAUUUGCAAUAUCACCAGUGCAGCUUCUUGAGGUAACUUCGAUCGUCACGGAACUCAUACUUUGCCUUCGUUUUUUGAGUUCCUCCUGUUUGUUUGCCGAGAAAAUUGCGGUAAGAGAGUCAAUCCCGAUUCAUCGCUACAAAAAUUCACACAGUUUCUCGAUCGGAUGCAAUUGGGGUUUAUCUUCUCUCCCAUGUUUUGCCCUGAUUUUCCUUGCAAGCGAUUACUGGUUUUCCGAGAUUUUUCUUCUGUACGGUGAAUACGCUUUUGGAUACAGUGGAGUUUUGCCGAGUCGCAAAAAAUUGCAACUCGUGUAUUGAAGGAAAAUGCAAGAAACUGGGUAUAGGACCUGUGUGUAGUGUGUGAUUCUGAAAUAGAGUUUCUGAGUUGCAGAGAUUUUUCUGCUAGAUAGGCAAUUCAUGGCGAGAUCCCGGCAAUAUUAUUCUUCCCAUGACGAAUCAAUAUCACCGACUUCAUUAAGAUCGAGGGAAUGGGAGGGUCCUUCGAGAUGGACAGAGUACUUAGGGCCUGAAAUGGCUGCCACAAUGUCAUCCAGAAGCUCAAAAAACACGGGUUCUGAUGGACAUGUUCAUAGCUCUGGUGGUUCUUCCAAGGCUUUGAAUAUACAGUGGGUGGUUCAAAUGAUUGAAGUUGCAGAGGGUCUCAUGGCCAAGAUGUAUAGGCUGAACCAAAUCUUGGAUUUCCCUGAUCCUGUCGGUCACGUAUUCUCUGAAGCGUUUUGGAAAGCGGGUGUAUUUCCUAACCAUCCUCGGAUAUGCAUAUUGCUCUCGAGAAAGUUUCCCGAGCAUUUUAGCAAAUUGCAACUUGAACGUGUCGAUAAGUUUGCUUUAGAUGGCUUGCAUGGCAGUGCUGAACUUCAUUUACAGAGUUUAGAGCCAUGGAUACAGCUGCUUCUGGAUCUGAUGGCUUUCCGGGAACAGGCGCUACGGCUUAUAUUGGACCUUAGCAGCACAGUCAUUACCUUGCUGCCUCAUCAGAAUUCACUUAUACUGCAUGCGUUCAUGGAUCUCUUUUGUGCAUUUGUCCGAGUCAAUCUUUUCUCUGAGAAGAUGCCGAGGAAAAUGAUGCUGCAAGUGUACAACCUUUUGCAUGCGCUGUCAAGAAAUGACCGAGACUGUGAUUUUUAUCAUCGUUUGGUUCAAUUCAUAGACUCUUUUGAUCCCCCAUUAAAAGGAUUACAGGAGGACCUGAAUUUCGUCAGCCCGCGAAUUGGAGAGGUCUUAGAGGCUGUAGGACCCAGUAUUUUUCUCUCUGCAGAUACGAGGAAGCUGAGAAACGAGGGAUUUUUGAGCCCAUAUCAUCCUCGAUACCCCGAUAUACUUACAAAUUCUGCUCAUCCCAUGAGAGCACAAGACCUUGCAAAUGUUACUUCUUACCGAGAAUGGGUGCUUCUUGGGUAUCUUGUUUGUCCCAAUGAACUUCUUCGUGUUACUAGCAUUGAUAUAGCCAUGGUGGUGCUGAAGGAAAACUUAGUUGUGACGUUAUUCCGGGAUGAGUACAUUCUAUUGCACGAGGACUACCAGUUGUAUGUUUUACCCCAUGUACUAGAAUCAAAGAAAAUGGCAAAGUCUGGCCGGACUAAGCAGAAGGAGGCUGAUCUGGAAUACAGUGUUGCAAAGCAAGUUGAGAAGAUGAUCGGUGAGGUUCAUGAGCAAGCGUUGCAAUCAUGUGAUGCCAUACAUCGAGAGAGGAGAAUAUUGUUGAAGCAGGAAAUAGGAAGGAUGGUUAUAUUUUUCACAGAUCAACCAAGUUUGUUAGCUCCAAACAUUCAGAUGGUAUUCUCUGCAUUGGCUUUGGCUCAAUCUGAGGUUCUCUGGUACUUUCAACAUGCUGGUGUUGCAUCGUCAAAGUCUAAAAUUGGUCGAGUGAUACCAGUUGACAUAGAUCCAAAUGAUCCAACCAUUGGCUUCUUGCUCGAUGGAAUGGACCGCCUCUGCUGUUUAGUGCGGAAGUACAUUGCAGCUGUUAGAGGGUAUGCCCUAUCUUAUCUUUCUUCCUCCGCUGGAAGGAUCCGUUAUUUGCUGAGCACUCCUGGGAUUGUGGCUCUGGACCUUGACCCGACCUUAAAAGGUCUUUUCCAGCAGAUUGUGCAGCAUCUCGAGAAUAUACCAAAACCACAGGGAGAAAAUGUCUCUGCCAUCACAUGUGACCUAUCGGAAUUCCGGAAGGAUUGGUUAUCCAUCCUGAUGAUUGUGACCUCUUCUCGAUCAUCAAUAAAUAUCAGACAUUUAGAAAAAGCUACCGUCUCUACUGGGAAGGAGGGCUUGCUAUCUGAAGGAAAUGCUGCAUAUAACUGGUCCAGGUGUGUUGAUGAGUUGGAAUCCCAGUUAUCAAAGCAUGGAAGUCUGAAGAAACUGUAUUUCUACCAUCAACACCUUACAGCUGUUUUCAGAAAUACGAUGUUUGGACCAGAAGGGCGUCCCCAGCAUUGUUGUGCGUGGCUCAGCGUCGCUAGUAGUUUUCCAGAAUGCGCUUCUCUAAUAAUUCCCGAGGAGGUAACAAAAAUUGGGCGAGAUGCAGUGUUGUACGUCGAGUCUCUUAUCGAAUCGAUAAUGGGAGGACUGGAGGGACUAAUAAACAUUCUCGACUCAGAAGGCGGGUUUGGUGCUCUUGAAUCUCAGCUCCUACCAGAACAAGCAGCGGCUUACCUGAAUAAUGCAUCGAGAGUUACUAUACCUUCGGUGAAAUCUCCGAGACUUGCUGGUGGUUUUCCUUUGCCCGGCCAUGAGAGUUAUCCCGAAAGUCACAAUUCCGUCAAGAUGUUGGAAGCUGCGAUUCAAAGAUUGACCAAUCUGUGUUCAGUUCUCAAUGACAUGGAGCCUAUAUGUGUUCUAAACCAUGUGUUCGUGCUAAGGGAGUACAUGAGAGAAUGCAUCCUGGGGAAUUUCAAGAGAAGAUUUCUCGCCACACUGAAAAUCGAAAAUGAUCUUCAACGGCCUUCCGUUUUGGAAUCUCUGAUCCGCCGACAUAUGAGCGUCGUCCAUUUAGCCGAGCAGCAUGUUAGCAUGGACCUGACCCAAGGAGUUCGGGAAAUCCUACUCACCGAAUCCUUUUCGGGACCCGUUUCCUCUCUGCAUUCGUUCGAAAAAACCGAUACCGAGCAACAGCAAAACAAUGGAUCUGCCAUUGAAGUGGUCUGCAACUGGUACAUGGAUAACAUCAUUAAGGACGUGUCUAGUGCCGGAAUCCUCUUCGCUCCGAGGCACAAAUUCUUCAAAAGCACCAGACCAGUCGGCGGGUACUUUGCGGAAUCUGUAACUGACCUCCGAGAAUUACAGGCAUUUGUCCGUGUUUUCGGUGGAUAUGGAGUCGAUAAACUCGAUAGAAUGAUGAAAGUGCAUACCGCUGCUCUGGUGAACUGCAUCGACACGUCUUUGAGGUCGAACCGGGAAUUAAUUGAAGCGGUAGCCGCGAGUAUGCAUUCCGGUGAUAGAGUAGAGAGGGAUGCAUCCAUCAGGCAGAUUUUGGAUUUGGAUACUGUUAUAGGAUUUUGUAUCGAAGCCGGUCAAGCACUUGCUUUCGAUCAACUCCUAGCCGAGGCAUCGGGAUCCGUUCUCGAAGACGACGCUCCCUUGAUACACUCGUUGCUAUAUGGCGUUGCGAAACAUGUUCCCGAGGAAAUACCCGAGAAGAAGGAAGUCAGGAGGAUCAAAGGUGUCGCAAAUAGCAUCAGCGUCAUCGAUGAUCACGAUUCCGAAUGGGUCAGAUCGAUUCUCGAAGAAGUCGGGGGCGCGAGUGACAAUUCCUGGAGCCUGUUACCUUAUCUCUUCUCUUCGUUCAUGACGUCUAACAUCUGGAACACCGUCGGGUUCAACAUCGACACCGGAGGCUUUAGCAACAAUAUCCAUUGCUUGGCUCGGUGUAUCAAUGCUGUGGUCGCGGGGAGCGAGUAUGUGCGAUUGGAACGCGGAUACCUGCAGAACCAAUCCCUCUCAAACAGUGACUCUGGCGAGAAUAUCGACCCAGAGUUUCAAACCCGCGUAUCUGCCGAGGCAAACAUCAAAUCCGCGAUGCUGAUCUACGUGAAAUUCGCCGCGGCGAUCGUGUUAGAUUCCUGGAACGAAUCCAACAGAUCUCAUCUCGUGGCCAAGCUUAUUUUCUUAGACCAACUCUGCGAGAUUUCGCCGUACCUCCCACGAAGCUCGCUCGAAUCCCACGUCCCAUAUAGCAUCCUUCGCUCCAUCUACAGCCAAUACUACUCCAACUCGCCUUCCACUCCUCUCUCCAUCCCCUCCCCAUCGCCUCACCACCACUCGUCGCCCUCUCCUAAACAGUCUCGGGGCGGCGACUCGACUCCACAGCGCGGCAGCGGGAGCGGCAGUAGUGCCAUGGAUUCAGGUUACUUCAAAGGCUCGUCAUCCUCAUCCUACCCCGCCCACGGUCAUCACCAUCAUCUUUACGACCCAGAAAACUUAAGGAACAUCGAGAACAAGAACCGGGGGAGUUCCCGACGAUCGGGACCAUUGGAUUACAGCUCGAGCCGGAAAGCGAGGCACUCGGAACGAGGCUCGGGUUCGAACAGCACAGGUCCUAGCCCUCUCCCCAGGUUCGCCGUCUCGAGGUCUGGUCCGAUAUCUUACAAACAGUGA